UCAAAGAAACUCCGCAGAACUUCCUCAUUCGUGCUUUUGACCUCAGACAAAAGAUUUUGUUUGCCUCACAAGAAGCAGAGUCAGGCCUCAAAUAUGACCCAGGUUUAGUACAGAACAUGUUUCUUCACACUGUGUUAACUGGGCUACAAAAUGAUAACAUAAAACGUGACCUUCGACCAUACCUUGAACAAACUGACAUCUCUGAUGAACUGUUACUUGAGCGAAUGAACACAGCAUGUGCUUAUGAGACGGAGAGCCAAAAUAAAAGGAAGCUGUUGGGACAACAACGUCCUAUAAAUAUUCACUCAGCCCAGUCCAACACUGCUCCUGUUGAAAAGAAUGAAAAACCAUCAACUCAACAGAACUCAGGUAAAAUUCCCUCAACUGUAUUGACUCAGCUUGAAGAAAUGAGGUCUGAAAUGACUUUGCUGAAAGAUCUUAAAGUCGAAGUAUCCCAGAUAAGAGAGUCUAUGCAGCAGCCCCAGUACAUGUAUAGAGAUCAGCAGCCUCAAACAAGAGGAUUGGAUGGCACAUCAGCUCAGCAGUUCCCAGGUCAUCAGAUGCAAGAAUUGCCCCAGAGAUACUGGUACACGCCUGGCCCCGGACAGAGAGGUGAGACUGCACAGUAUCAGCAAAAGUUUGCCCCACAGCGCAGCUUCCCACCACAAAAUCAGAGACGUAUGAGGAGAUGUUUUAGCUGUCAACAGCGGGGAGCUGAGGACUACUGUACACACUGUUUCAGGUGCGGCAGCAGUGAGCAUUUCCUGGCUGGUUGUCGAGCUAGAGGACAAAGACAUGUUGGAGGUGACCCUUUAAACGGGGAAAGGUCGCUCGCGCGGGACAGGGAGUGACCAGUCAUACAGAGAGGUCCCAGCACUGUGCUCACUGUGGGAAAGAAGGUGAAGAGAUGAGACUGAAACAAUGUGCAUCAUGUAAAAAUGAACUCUACUGUUCUAAGUCAUGUCAAGUUAAUGGUUGGGCUGUGCACCAAGAAAAAUGUGUGCCAUUUUCAUGUAUGACUGUGAACACUCACUCAAAAGGAAGAAAACAAGCAAAAGUGGCUCCUCUGGUAGGAAAAAAAUAUGUGAUCGACUGUUACAUUCAACAUGAAAGAGUUCAAGCUUUGUGGGACUCAGGUUCCCAAGUAACAAUAAUGGAUGAACAAUGGAAACAAGAACACGUACCAGACUUGAGACUGAGAGACAUUUCUGAAAUUCUGGACAGUGCAGAUACUCUUGACAUUGUGGCAGCAAAUGGUGAGAAUAUACCAUAUGCAGGCUGGGUGAAGAUUACUUUCAGACUAGCUCCAGGAGAAGCAGUCACCACAGAAGUUAUAGUUCCAACACUUGUGAUGAAAGGUAACAAUCUGUUUCGUCCCAUAAUUGGCUCUAAUGUUAUCGAUCUCAUUAUAAACAGUGAAUCAAAACAGUCCAGCUCUAACAACAGAGAACGCCUCAGUCACGCAGUGAGGGCAGCAUUCCCUGAUCUCAAGCCAAACCAAGCAGAAGCCUUUGUACAGCAAGUAAGUGUUGAGCAAAAUCAUGAAUAUGUUGUGAAGACAAAAAAAGACAGGAUCAACAUACCAAAACACAUGUCUGUCAAAGUUGAGUGCCAUGUAAAUGUGUCUGCACCAGAUGAAGAUACAACACUUAUCUUUGAGCCAGAUGUGAACCCACGCUGGGCUGAGGGACUUCAAUUCUGUGACACGCUUGUAAAAGUGGGAAAAGGUAAUAAACCAUCUAUUACUGUUAGUGUACAGAAUCCUACAGACCAUGACAUAGUGCUGGCAGGAAGGACUGUGAUUGGGACUGUGCAGCAGAUUCAGGCAGUUUAUCCAGCUUCCAUGCUAGAGGGUUGCCGCCCUCCACCUCCAGCAACUAUGAAUCACAUCAGAGUUGAAAAGAAACACAGUAAUGACAAUUUAUGGGACCCACCUGUGAAUCUGAGCCACCUCAGCGAACCCGAGAAGGAGAUAGCUCACCAGAUGUUGAGAGAGGAGUCGGCUUCAUUCUCAAAAACAGAUGAUGAUAUCGGCUGCAUAGAGAAACUGCAACUCAGCAUAUCUCUGAAAGACACUGAACCUGUCGCAAAAACAUACCUCUCUGUACCUAAGCCACUUUACAGAGAGAUGAAAGAUUACUUGCAUGACCUCAUCGCACAAGGCUGGGUGGAGAAGUCAAACUCACCGUAUGCAUCACCAGUGGUUUGUGUACGAAAAAAAGAUGGAACUCUGCGGCUGUGUAUUGACUUCCGUGAAGUGAACAAGAAAACCCUUCCUGAUCGCCAACCGAUUCCCAGAGUGCAAGACAUCAUGGAUGGCCUAGGUGGAAAUUCCUGGUUCUCUCUCUUAGAUCAAGGUAAAGCUUACCAUCAGGGCUUCAUGGCUAAAGAAAGCAGACCUAUGACAGCUUUUGUGACACCUUGGGGUCUUUAUGAAUGGAUUCGAAUACCCUUUGGUUUGAUGAAUGCCCCAGCUGCCUUCCAGCGAUGUAUGGAAGAAUGUUUGGAAGGGCUGCGUGAUGAGAUCUUCAUACCAUACCUGGAUGACACGCUUGUCUUUAGCAAAUCAUUUGAGGACCAUGUUGAGGAUGUGAGAACAGUGUUACAGCGACUACGUCAGCAUGGGAUAAAGUUGAAACCAAGGGAUCCAGCCAGAGUCAGUGGAUGAGAUGGUGGUUCGGAAACCAAAAUUGAAGUUGGUGUCAAAUCAGGUGUAAAAUCCACCUUGUAUGCAGCAUAUUCAGCUAGACAGGCUUGUCACCUUUGAUGUCCAGGGGGCCUUGGUAGUUCGUCAACAGGCAGCAAACUGCCCAUAGUUGGUUGAUGGAGCCGGCCAAGGAGAGAGGAACAACCCCAUCCCAGAUAUGGUAUUCCUUGACACGUCGUAUUAUCCUCUCCACCAACACUCUCAGGCAGGCAAUAGCUUGAGUUUUUCCAGUGUCUGAUGUGCUGAGCUGAGGGGCGGUUUUUAGUGGGGGGAUGAUCAGUGAUGCCCCUACCUCUGCCAGCAUAUCCUCAAUUAAAAACCCUUUGUCAUUUAUUAUAAGACAUUUGUUUUCUAUUGAACCCCGUGAAGUCAUGGAGUCUGUGGACAGUGUCAG